AUGUUGAAGCUUGGUAUCUUGCUUCUCGUCACGGGCUGCUUGGCGGCCGACGAGAGCUUACCCUACCUGGUGCAAACUGGCUUUUGCAUUGAUAACGACUACCCAGACGAUUUUUACACCGCGUCCGGGCUGCUAUACCUUCCGCCCGGCGCCUGUCAGCCGCUGCUAGAGGACUACGCCACAUUCACGUGCCAUAGCAAUGGCUCCUUCACCGUGGACUUUUACGAGACCAGUGCCUGUACCGAGAGCCAGCAUUCCGAGCUUGUCACUGACGGGUGCCUUGGACCGUAUGAAAUGACGUGCUCGGAGAAACUGCCGGACGAUGUCGUGGCAACAGUCACCCUCUCUAGCGGCGGAUGCGACGAGACCAACGUUUUUGCAACCACCCUAAUGCGCACCAAGUGCAGCGAAACCAUGUCGCUGGGCAUGGUUUGGGAAGGAGCGCUCGUGUCGGACGGUUGUGAGUCUUCAUCGUGUGAGACUCUGAGCAAGCUCUACCUCUUUAGUAAGGUGACGGCCAUGUGUAUCAAGAACAAGAUGGUGCAGCUGACGGCGCAUGCCGACAACUGUGAGCGGGUGAACUUUAAUGUGCUCGCCCCGGUCGAUGAAUGCGUGUCGUUUGAGGCGCUGGCUUCCAACACCUCCCUUCAAUACCUCAACGAUUACUAUGGUGACGACGAGGGUGUACUCUAUGUGAAAGCCUCCUGCAAUGGAGCAACGGUGCCGGGCUCGGCCCGUGGUGUCGCAUGGGUUGUUGCAGCUUUGAUCGCAUCCCUUGUGAGCGUGGUUCUUUAAAGCGACCAACGGCGCACGAGCCGCAGGUGUCAGCUUGCUUUUGUUUUGUCUUGGCUGUACAUGCACAUGGUCAUCCGUCCAACGAGCCGUCAUCGUCGAGUGAAAUGCCGCCAACGAGGCGCACAGGGCGCCGUUGCGGUCCUCAAGUUUUAGUUUUCUUCGCCUUGAAUAAUAAAUUUACAUGUUAGACGGA